AUGGAGCCAGAAGCCGGGGCUGCCGAAACUUCGCGGGAGACUGUGCCGGAGGCCGGGCGCGAGCCGGGCGCGAGCGAGAUAGAGGAGGUGGAGCUGUACCAGCUGUUUAUGGAGCAGUCACAAAGAGCUGCGCGCGGGUUAGGCGACCCGCCGAGCCUAGAGCUGCAGCUGCUGCUGCUGGAGGCGCUGCAGCGGGACCAGGAGCUCGGCGAGCGGCUGGGCGAGCGCGUGCUGCGCGCGCACACGGACUGGCGACCGUUCGGGCGGCCGCGGCCGCACUUGCGGACGUUCCUCCGCAACCAGAUAGUGCUGGACCACAUUUUGAUUGCGCUGUUGUUUCCGUUCUCGCUGUUCAACAUCCUCCGGGCGCUCUUCAGCGAGUUCACGUUCAGCGAGUACGACUUCUACAUCGACAUCCUGCAGUACUUGCGGCGCAUCUCUGUGGUGGACCACAGCGGGCGCUCGCUUUUGCUCUACACCGACAGCCUGGGGCUCUUGGUCAAGUUCCACAACGUGGUGGUGUUCUACACGCGCAACGUGUACUACGUGCUCAACGCGGCGCUGGGCAACCUCCGCAUCACGGCGCACGUGUAUGCGCUGUUCGUGCGGGUGAACGCGAUAUCGCUAUACCUCGCGUACGGGCUCAUCGCGAGCUCGUACCUCUGCCUCGCGGCCUUCUUCUUCACGCUCUGUUUCGGGAUGACCGUGAUCAAGCGCUACAAGGGGGUCGAGAUGAUAUUGAACGAGAUGUACCAGAACACAGAAUGCCUCCUAUAG